AUGGCGCAAAGAGGAGAUCUGAAGAAGAAAAGAGCUUACCAUGAAUUUAUACGAGAGAGAGAAGGGGGUAAGAAAGAAAAGUUUGAGAGGAGAAUGGAAAGAGAGGAACGAGAGGAAAUCAUAGGAAUGGGUGGAAUCGGCAAAAACAAAUAUGCUUUCGGAUCAAUAGUUGCAUAA